GGUUUGCUAGUCCCUUCUUAACGCCAGCAGGGUUUGCUAGUCCCUUCUUAACGCCAGCAGGGUUGGCUAGUCACUUCUUAAAGCCAGCAGGGUUUGCUAUUCCCUUCUUAACGCCAGCAGGAUUUGCUAGUCACUUCUUAACGCCAGCACGGUUUGCUAGUCACUUCUUAACGCCAGCACGGUUUGCUAGUCACUUCUUAACGCCAUCAGGGUUUGCUAGUCACUUCUUAACGCCAGCAGGGUUUACUAGUCACUUCUUAACGCCAGCAGGGUUUGCUAGUCCCUUCUUAACGCCAGCAGGGUUUGCUAAUGCUAGUCACUUCUUAACGCCAGCACGGUUUGCUAGUCCCUUCUUAACGCCAGCAGGGUUUGCUAGUCACUUCUUAACGCCAGCACGGUUUGCUAGUCCCUUCUUAACGCCAGCAGGGUUUGCUAGUCACUUCUUAACGCUAGUAGGGUUUACUAGUCACUUCUUAACGCCAGCAGGGUUUGCUAGUCACUUCUUAAAGCCAGCAGGGUUUACUAGUCACUUCUUAACGCCAGCAGGGUUUGCUAGUCACUUCUUAACGCCAGCAGGGUUUGCUAGUCACUUCUGA